AUGAGUCCGGUGAAUAGCCUGUGGUUCAAGUGGAAAAGCCUUCGAUUGCCGUGGCGAAAAUCCUUCCUGGUUGGCUCGGAUCUCGCAGGAAACACAUUCUGGGAGUUCAAAGAUGCGCUGAACAGUCAUCGGUUCCGACGCAUCGUCAAGUUCGACCCCAAAACGCACUACGGGGACGUCAAGGUUUCCCCUCAGUGGCAUCAAUGGCUUCGAUACGUUCGCAGAGACCCCCCGUCGAUUGAGGAGCAGCAGCAGGAUGUGCUCCGGCAGAUACAGCUCAAGGAACUGGCUCGGUUAGCUGACGAACGGUGGGCGAGCAAGCCGUCCUUCCUCGAUAAACCGCAAACGCCCCAGCCCACGCUGGCCACACGAGCUAGCGAUGAUACGUCGAGUCAGCUCCAGAAACAGCGGCCUGAAGAAGAGGCCUCGAUAGCGAAGAACUUGGCCGAUGGUCCGGUAAACGCCAAGGGCAAGAAAUCCGUCGAUAAAGACCCGUGGGCAGCUCGCCAGGGAGGCCCGAGCGAGAAAUGGCAGCCAGAGGCAUGGGUUCCUACCACAGGUCGAAAAUGA